CUCUCGUUGACACCACAGGCACACACAAGGCGACACAGGCACAGAGGGAGCUUCUUGCCCGAAGCAGGCAACCAGAGCAAAGUGACAAUGACCAUCCUGUGUGACACAGCCGUGGUCAAGUCCCUGCUGCUGUUGAUGUUGGGGCUGACCCUGCUAGGGGAGGCGGCAGCUCGGAAAAUCCUCAAACCAGGGGAUCCUGCCCUCUGCCCCCCUCUGGAGGACCACAGCGUGAGGGUUGACAUCCGCAUCCUCAGUCAGAACCAGGGAGUUCCCCUCUCACAUGACUUCCAGAACCGAUCCAGCUCCCCCUGGGAUUACAACAUCACCCGGGACCCCCACCGGUUCCCCUCCGAGAUUGCAGAGGCCCGUUGCAGGCACACGGGCUGCAUCAACGCCCAGGGGCAGGAAGACAGCUCCAUGAACUCCGUCCCCAUCCAGCAAGAGUUCCUGGUCCUUCGGAGGGAGCCCCAGGGCUGCUCUCGCUCCUUUAGGCUGGAGAAGGUGCGGGUCACUGUUGGUUGCACCUGUGUCACUCCCAUGGUCCGCUAUGUGCGUGGCCUGAGAGCAGCAGGUCAACUCGGCUAGAAGCUGUAGAAAUGGCCGUCCUCACCCAGCGCUCUUCGAGGUGUCCUGUGUGAUCCCCAGUUCGCUCCACUUCCCAGGGCUCUUUGCAAGAUCUGCAUGGGAUUCUCAAAGCUCUCUAUUAGACAUAGUAACUUUCUGGGGCUUCAGGAACUUGGAUAUUCUGAGAUGUUCUUAGAUGUUCUGAGAUGUCCUGAGAUGUUCCAAUGUCCCAACCCCCUGAAAAUGGAUGCAGGAGAAUGCAGGAUCCUUGGCCCACUCACUUUAUGUGCUUUGAUGACCACUUCCCAGACGUGCUGUCCCUGGGUGGGACACAGUGCCACUCCCUGGGGGUCCUUUUGGUAAAAUGGGCUUCUGUUCCUGGUGAGUCAAAAUGCAGCAAACAUAACCACAAUGUAAGAAUGUGUGGGAGGG